AAAAAACAAAAAUAAAAUAAAGAAAGGUAAACAAAAGACCUAGUCAGGAAAAGAAAAAGGGGUUGGCCCAUCCCGCUCUUUCUCAAUCAGGAGACCUAAAGAAGCAUCGACUUCCUCACGUACAGGUGCGCCCUUGCCACCGCAGAGCAAGCCGCCGUGUCAGUCUUUCCGCCUGGCCAUAGGCAUCACCGGCGACAUCCAUUGUUGACGGAGUCAUCGCCGACCACCGCGUCAUCAUCUCCUCUCCUUCGCAUCUCCUUUCGUGCGCAAGAGAGAAGCACCACUCUUCUUCAUUGAUGAUUGUUCCUCUCUUCCUCUAUUUCUUGUUUUGGCGAACUAUGAGUUUGAAUUAGGAGCUGAUGGCUGGGCGUUCUUCAUUGAUGAUCAUUAGAAGGGCAUUUUGGUCUUUUGGGUUAUAUAAAGCCCUAAAAGCAGAUUUCACUUUCACCUCCCAUCCUUUUCAGCUCUAGGAUUUCAAUUUGGGAGCUUCUUCUUCUUCCUUCCCCGUCUUGUGUGAUUAUUCGGGUUUACGAUGAUAAACAAAAGCAUCCGAAGUGUGACAGGCUUCUUCGCACGAGAGUGGUUGGUUCAGUUAAUACGUCAAACACCUUGUGGCACUCUUACCUUGAAACUGUUCUGUGCUCAAGCGACACAAAACCAGGAUUCCCUCUCUCGGAGAAUCGAGAGACUCCCCAAAGGAGAACUCGUUGGCUCUGCUUUCCGCAGUUGGAUGAGAGAUGGCUUCCCCGUUCACGGCGGUGACGUCUUUCACUCCAUUAACCGGCUCAGGAAGCUCAAAAAGAACAAACGUGCCCUUCAGGUGAUGGAAUGGGUAAUCAGGGAAAGACCCUACAGACCUAGGGAACUGGAUUACUCUUAUCUUGUUGAGUUUACAAUUAAGCUUCAUGGGAUUUCACAUGGUGAGAAGUUGUUCUCCCGAAUUCCGGUUGAGUUUCACAAUGAGUUGCUCUACAACAAUCUAGUGAUUGCAUGCUUGGAUAAGGGUGUCAUAAGGCUUUCACUUGAGUACAUGAAGAGAAUGAGGGAAUUGAAGUUUCCCAUUUCGCACUUGGUUUUCAACCGUCUCAUAAUUCUUCAUUCAUCGCCAGAGCGCAAGAAGAUGAUACCCAAGUUGCUCACCCAAAUGAAGGCUGAUAAAGUUCCCCCACAUGUGUCCACCUACAAUAUUUUGAUGAAAAUAGAGGCCAGUGAACAUAAUCUCGAGAAUUUGUUGAAGGUCUUCUGUCAAAUGAAAGAAGCACAGGUUGAACCAAAUGAAAUAUCUUACUGCAUUAUGGCUAUUGCUCAUGCAGUGGCCAGAUUAUAUACUGCAACUGAAGCAUAUGUAGAAGCUGUGGAGAAGUCUAUUACAGGGAAUAACUGGUCAACAUUGGAUGUCCUACUUAUUUUGUAUGGGUAUCUAGGGAGCCAGAAGGAGCUGGAAAGAAUUUGGACCAUCAUUCAAGAACUCCCCUCUGUUAGAUCUAAAAGUUACAUGCUAGCCAUUGAAGCAUUUGGUAGGAUUGGACAGUUAAACCGAGCUGAAGAAAUUUGGUUAGAAAUGAAAUCAACCAAAGGAUUGAAAUCUGUAGAGCAAUUCAAUUCAAUGAUCUCUGUAUACUGCAAGCAUGGAUUUGUCGACAAAGGGGCUAGACUGUACCAAAUUAUGAAGGCGAGCGAGUGUAAACCAAAUGGCAUAACUUAUCGUCAACUUGCUCUGGGCUGCUUAAGAUCUGGUAUGGCAGAGCAAGCUUUAAAGACCUUAGACUUGGGUUUGCAUUUGACAAUUAGCAAGAGGGUUAGAAAUUCAACCCCGUGGUUGGAGACCACUCUUUCAAUUGUUGAGGUUUUUGCUGAAAAAGGUGAUGUGGGAAAUGUUGAGAGAUUGUUUGAAGAAUUUCAUAAAGCAAAGUAUUGUAGAUAUACUUUUGUAUAUAAUACCUUGAUUAAGGCUUAUGUAAAAGCUAAGAUUUAUGAUCCAAAUCUUUUGAAAAGAAUGAUUCUUGGGGGAGCUAGACCAGAUGCUGAAACCUACAGUCUUUUAGAAAUUGCUGAACAAUUUCGAACUUGAUUUUGGAUGACAACUUUCAAUAAGUUAUCUGUAUUUUGUUUUCUUUCUGUCUGCUACAUAUGUAUCAAUUGCAGGACAAAGAGUCAAUAAGAGACAAGAGAUAGUACGAAGCAUGUACCAUUUGUUUGCCUUUUACAACUGAUAAUGUAAAGAUGAGCAUAAUAUGUAGAUUUGAUAAAUACCGAGGGUUGGGGGGAGUGGUUCUGCACCUUAAUUUUGGCUAAGUGAUGCAGAAAUCUGGGAGAGAGAGUGAGUUGAAGACUUUUGGACGGCAAGGAGGAUAGAGUGCUGCAGAACCCGUGAGAAGAAUUCAAGGUUUGCUGAGGAAGUCUUCAAGAGGUAGGGGACCUAAACCUUGUCUUCUAAAUUAUGCAGAAAAUUGUAUGGAUAAUUUUGGUGAAUAUCCUGAAUAUGAAUGGAUGUUUGUUGUGAGAUGAUCUGCACUUACGUUAAUACUUGGAUUGAAGUUUCUAAGUAUGUGGGAAACUUGGGGUGAGGUUAAGAAGGGGAGCUAACCCUGAUCUGCAGUUUUUGUGUGAACUGUGUGAUGGAAUACUUGUUGAAUGUAAUGAAUAUACGUUGAUUUGAUGAUAAAUCUUCGUGUGUGUAUAUAUAUAUAUAUAUAUAUACAUAUAUAUAUAUAUAUAUAUAUAUAUAUAUAUAUAUUUGAGAUCUAUGAUGAAUUGGGUUGUUCACUGGGAUAAGAAAUAUGAGGGACAGAACACACCUUGGACCAAUAUGAGAUCUCUGGUGACUGGAAUGAUAUAAAAACUUUAGAGGAAGGAUACACUGGAAUAGUAUAAACCGAACAAUUAUAAAUAGAUAUACUGAACAGGAGACGCAAUUAAGGGCCGAACUGUAUGAUUAGAUGUAAGGAACAAUAGAUUUAAUUAAAGGCCGAACGGUCCAAAUUAAUACCGAACGGUAGAGAGUUAGUAAAAUAUGUAUUUGUGAUGUGUAGAGUUUGUAUGACUCGGAUGACUGGUUUUAAGCAUAUGAUGAAUCUGAGAUUUUGUUAAUGAAUUGAAGUUAUGGAGUUUUUGAUAAUCUGGAGUUGAUCUUUGUAUCGUACCCAGUGGAGGCCGAACGGUUAACAGCAGAUGAUAAAAUAAUUAAGGAAUAUCUAAUUAAAGAUAUUGAUAAGCAGGUUAUAAACAACUAACAGGAUUUUCAGGUAAUCUGUUUAUAUCUUAUUUUGUUUAUAUUUUAUUGGGCUUAUAUCAUCUUAGGAUCCAUGAGGUAAAUUAUAAAUACAAAGCCAGGGUCAAAAGUCAGGGAUCCAUGAGGUAAAUUAUCUUACCGUUUUGUGCUGAUUGAUAGGUGAUGGAAUGGGUAAUCAGGGAAAGACCCUACAGACCUAGGGAACUGGAUUUUGGCUAUUGCUCAUGUAGUGGCCAGAUUAUAUAUUCCAACUGAAGCAUAUGUAGAAGCUGUGGAGAAGUCUAUUACAGGGAAUAACUGGUCAACAUUGGAUGUCCUACUUAUUUUGUAUGGGUAUUUGGGGAGCCAGAAGGAGCUGGAAAGAAUUUGGACCAUCAUUCAAAAACUCCCCUUUGUUAGAUCUAAAAGUUACAUGCUAGCCAUUGAAGCAUUUGGUAGGAUUGGACAAUUAAACCGAGCUGAAGAAAUUUGGUUAGAAAUGAAAUCAACCAAAGGAUUGAAAUCUGUAGAGCAAUUCAAUUCAAUGAUCUUUGUAUACUGCAAGCAUGGAUUUGUCGACAAAGCGGCUAGACUGUACAAAAUUAUGAAGGCGAGCGGGUGUAAACCAAAUGCCAUAACUUAUCGUCAACUUGCUCUGGGCUGCUUAAGAUCUGAUAUGGCAGAGCAAGCUUUAAAAUCCUUAGACUUGGGUUUGUGUUUGACAAUUAGCAAGAGGGUUAGAAAUUCAACCCCGUGGUUGGAGACCACUCUUUCAAUUGUUGAGGUUUUUUACUGAAAAAGGUGAUGUGGGAAAUGUUGAGAGAUUGUUUGAAGAAUUUCAUAAAGCAAAGUAUUGUAGAUAUACUUUUGUAUAUAAUACCUUGAUUAAGGCUUAUGUAAAAGCUAAGAUUUAUGAUCCAAAUCUUUUGAAAAGAAUGAUUCUUGGGGGAGUUAGACCAGAUGUUGAAACCUACAGUCUUUCAAAAAUUGCUGAACAAUUUCGAACUUCAUUUUGGAUGACAACUUUCAAUAAGUUAUCUGAUUUUUUUUUUCUUUCUGUCUGCUACAUAUGUAUCAAUUGUUGGACAAAGAGUCAAUAAGAGGCAAGAGAUAUUACGAAGCAUGUACCAUUUGUCUGCCUUUUACAACUGAUAAGUUAUACGAUAGAGCAUAUUACAUGGCCUUUUUUCUUACUGCUUAUGUUUCUCCAUCAUUUUACACCUUUGAUUUGUUUGACAUCUAACAGUUUCUCCAUUUGUUUAUUUUUUAAUUGUUU